UACGAGUCCUCUUCUCCUCCGCCAUGUUGGACCAGUGCUGACUCAUGGUCACGGGCAGCUUGCCCCCUUUGCAGCAGCGCGCCUCGCAUUCUAUCCUUGCUCAUGCCAUCUCCAUGCCCCUAUCAUCGACAUCUCGACGCAGUGUUUCCAUGCUUGCAUGACUUGCAUCUCUGGCAUCUUCUCUGGAUCCAUGCAUCCCAAGCAUGCACCGUGUCCACCUCUCCUUUGUAUCCUGUCAAGCAAAGUUGAAGUCCAUUUGACCAGACUUUCUAUUUGAUGGGUUGAACCAUCAUGCCUUGAUGCUAUCAAUGUAAUGAGUCCGAUUGACACCAACCACAAUUUCAAUCUUGUUCAUCGACCGUUUUUGAAACCUAUCUUCUAACGAAGAUCGAACCGAUGCCCGAAAUCAGUUACUUCCCCAGUGCCAUGUAAAUGGUUGCAGAACAUCGUUGUCUCACUUUCUUUGCAGCAUGGCAACACCGCUCUGCGGCGCAAAGGCAGCCAGACGACACCUCAUUCUCAUCAACAUUGGAAUAUUCUUUCUUGGAUUUGUCUUCAUUAUCGUGGGUGCGGUCACUUUAUCCCAUGGUCAACUCUUCCAGCAGGCCAUCGACAGAUACUGCUCCGUCGAAUGCAAGACCAUCAACUGCCAGGCUCGCGAAUGCUCCUCGUCUCUCCCUUCCUGCGAUUGUUCCACCGGACGGACGCUGCUGCCGGCGUACUUCUAUGCUCCUGCCUCCGGACUGAUUGCUGUUGGAGUCUUCUCCCUCGUGACAUCUGUCUUGGGAUGUAUAGGCGCGAUCAGGCACAAAGCCCCGUGGCUGUGCGGAUACAUCCUUGCGAUCUCCUUCGUACUACUCUUGCAGUUUUCUUUCGGGGUUGCUGCGGCUCUGGUGUCGGGUAUGGACCGCAUACCCGAUGUCAUGAUGCAGCUUUUCGACACGCAGUACAAGGACUUCGACUGGGAGUUCCUUAGGGAUUUCCUUCCCCAAGCUUGUUACAUAGCCAACAGCACAAGGGCUGAUCGCAGCGUCACUCACUUCCCGGCGUGCGCCUGGAACGGGACUUGUGACACCGACACGUCAUCGCGGAUGCCCGUCAACUGUUGUACAGCAAACAACAUGUGCGACUUUGGGAACUCCAAGUACUGCACGUCCAGUCAGAAGUGUGUCAGCGGCUUCCUCUCAAGUGUCGGGACCCCCGUGGCGGUGGCCUGCUUGCUGACCCUGGUGCUUGAAAUCUUCGCCAUCUGGUGGGCCUGCAUAAUCAGACGAGAAACAAGGCCUGGAGGAGUUUUUGAUCCAUCUCGAAAUCAUCUCUGAAUCAACCUCAUGAACAUUCCUUGUAAAAUGAAUCGACAUUUUUGUGCAAUGAUGCUCAGA